AUGACAUCUAUCAUAGCAAACAACAAUAACAAUAAUAAUAAUAACAAUAUUAAUAAUAAUACAUAUGAUUUGAUAAAUAAGUUUUUAAAUGAUGGUGAUUCACUUCAAUAUUUAAAUGAUAUAGUUGGUGAAAGACAACAACAACAGCAACAACCAAAACAACAACAUCAUCAAAAGCAAUCAUCUUCAUCAUCAUCUUCUUUAUCAUUUGAUCAGAGUAAUGAAACCGAUCUUUUAAAUAAACCUGAAAAGUUAGAGAGCUAUUUCAUAUCGAUCGUUGAUCUUCUAAUUGAUUUAAAGAAAUAUCUAAAUACAACGGUGGAUAAAGAACUUGAGAAUUCAUCACAUGUCGAUAUCAUAGGUCUGCAAUCGAAUAUCGUCAAGUUGGACGAGAGGAAGAGCGAUGCGCUUCACGGUGUCAAUGCACCGUCAAAGGGUAUCGCUUCGCGUGUCGAAUCAAUAGUCGAUCACAACGACCAGCUGCGCAAACGACUGGCAUCCGUCGACGAUAUCCUCGAGAUUCUCGACUACUUCCAGCGAUACAAUCAACUCUCCACUGACUACGAGCAUAACUUCCACGAGAAACGACAAGCAGUUGCUACAGGCGCAUCCAUUCCCGCGCAUCAUACCGUCGCUCAAAGAUCAACUAAAGAAACGCAAAAACAAUCUCAAAACACUGCUCAUCGAAGUAUUCACCAAUCACCUGCAGAUUGGCGCCAACGAGAUUGCAAUCACCGACAAAUCGAUGCCAUCGAUCAUCCUCUCGCUAGAGACACUCGGACUGAGUGGUUUCAUCAUACAAUCGAUCUCUUCGCAACUCUUGAACCAACUGCUACUGCCACUGCUGAAAUCUAUCAAGUUGUCGCUCUCGGCAGUCGAUAG